AUGGCAUUGUCGGUGGUUGGCCUGAGACACUCAUGGCUCAACCUCUCAUCCAUGAAUGAUAGGGACAAAGCGGCGGUCAUGGACCUCUCUGAGUCAGGCCUCUUUGGCUCUGCUUUGAUAGAUGCUAUCCAGCAACAGUCCGAGGUGCUGGAGAAAUGGCAGCCUGCAUUCAAGGUUGUGGUCCUCCCCGUCAGGCACUCUAGAAAAGAAAAAGUGUCUGGUGUGUCCAGAGCUCAAUCUAUGAGGACAGACUGGUCAAAAGAUGAGCCCCCUGACAUGGCAGAAGGGGAAAGGGAACAACAGAUAGGACAUGAACCAGACACCAUCAGCAGUCAGGAUAAGCACCCAGAUCUACUUCAUAUUUUUGAGUUGGAGUCCAGGGAAGACUGGAGGACAUCCAGGAGAGACUGGAUGACAGCAGGGAAAGACCGCACCGGGCGUGGGCGGCUAGUUACCCAACCCACAGCUCCCUCAUUAGAGGGAAGCCCAACCCCAACUACGAAGAAUCAUAAGAAGCAACAGCCCGGGGGCCCUCCGAGAGGUGGGAUGGAAGAUGGGUCCAACAGGACGGACCACACGGUGACGACGGCAACGGAAACGGAUUUCGAGAAUACUCCAGGAAACGAGGAGAAGAUCCUCCGAAGGUGUGAAUGUGGAUGGGAGAAAGUGACCACGUUCAGAGGCGUCCGGAUCCACCAGGGGAGAGCGAAGUGUGGCCAAAAGGGCCAACAGCAACCUUGCACUGCGACAGCAGGUGAGACAAGAGGGACCAAAAGCCAGGACAAAAACCACAGUGCCAACGGACCCAACAUUGCUGGAGGCAUGAGAGUGUCAGAGGAAGAAGUCCCACUGGUGGAGAACGUGCCCUCACGUGAGCAUGAAGACCCAGUCCUCACCACCUCACACCGAACAGAGCCAAACGCAGAGUCCAGGAAACCAGCAAGAAGAAAUAAGAUUAAGUGGCCAAAGUCAAGUGAAGCAGAGGCAUGGCGAGCACUGGAUGCAGACCUGAUCAAGACCCUAGAGGGAUCACUGCAUGGAGGGGUGGAGACUAAGCUUAAUCUGAUUGGGGACUUCAUAUAUCAGACUUGCAAGGACAGGUUCGGCGAGGUUGUCCCGAGACAGAGGACCACCCUAAGAGAGAAGGGGAGGAGAGAGAAGGAAAUCCUCCAACUCGUGCAAAAGCGGCGGCAACUCCGCAAGAACUGGAGAAAGGCAACCCAAGCGGAGAAAGAGGGGCUCAAAGCCUUGUGGGAGGAGGUCAGGAAAAGACUAGCCGGACUUCGCAGAGCCGAACGUAUUCGGAAGCGCAACAGGCGGAAGGAAAAAGAGCGAGCCAGUUUCUUCAAGGAUCCCUUCAAGCAUGCCAGACAGCUGCUGGAAGAGAAGAAGACUGGCAAGCUUGAAACCACCAGGGAGCAGUUGGAGCAGCACGUCAGGGAACAGUACAGCGAUCCGCAAAGGAGCGUCCCACUUGGAGCACCAGGAUAUGUACCCCAGCCUGCACAGCCAACAGCUGAGUUUAAUAUCAUGCCUCUCAAGCUCAGCAAGGUCAGGCAAGUCGUGGAGAAGGCGAGGUCCUCUUUGGCACCAGGCCCCAAUGGAGUCCCCUACAAGCUCUAUAAGAACUGCCCCAAGGUACUAGAGCUGCUAUGGUACCUAAUGAGAACUGCCUGGAAGAAGAAAAUCAUUCCAUCUGAGUGGCAAAGAGCGGUAGCAGUCUUCAUCCCCAAGGAAAUGAACUCCAAGGACAUCAGCCAGUUCCGUAGCAUCGCCCUACUAAACGUGGAAGGGAAAAUCUUCUUUUCAGUUCUAGCCAGAAGAAUGACCCGCUACCUGCUUGAGAAUGGCUAUAUUGAUACCAACUGUCAGAAAGCAGGGGUGUCUGGAUUCCCUGGAUGCGUGCUUGAGGAGGAGAUGGUCACCUUUUUAAAGACAGAGUUGCAGAGAUUUAAGCAGGUUCUCAGUCCAGACUACCAGGAAGACUUUGAGAUGAAAUCAGAUGAUGAGAGUGAUGCCAGAGAGUGUGUCCUCAAGAUGGCACUGCACUUCCUCUGUAAGAUGGAGCACCAGGAUCUUGCUGACAAAUUGAAUAAGAAUGAGCUCAAUGUAAUUUGUCAGAAAUACCUGAAAAUAAAUCUCAAGAACAAGUACCAGAGUGUGUUUGAAGGAAUAGUCACACAUGGAAGCUCUGUUCUGCUACAAAACAUCUAUACAGACCUCUACAUCACAGAAGGAGGAAGUGGGAAAGUAAAUGUAGAGCAUGAAGUCAGACAAAUUGAGUACAGAUCCAAGAGAUCAGCUGAUCAGGACAAACUAAUCAAAUGUGCUGACAUCUUCAAAGGGAACAUUGGUCAGGACAAACCGAUCAGAAGAGUUUUGACAACGGGGGUAGCUGGCAUCGGCAAAACUAUCUCUGUGCAGAAGUACAUCCUGGACUGGGCUGAGGAAAAUGCACACAAAGAGAUAGAUUUCAUCUUCCCAAUGUGCUUUCGAGAGCUCAACCUCAUGAGAGACGAGAAAUGGUCUUUGAUGGGUCUUAUUCAUCACUUCACCACCAUCUUCUUCACCACAAAGCAGUUAACAAUUGUCAGUCAGAAGAAAUAUAAAGUGCUGUUUGUGUUUGAUGGCUUGGAUGAAUGUAGGCUUCAGCUAAACUUUCAGAAAAAUGAAAACUUGAGCGAUGAAAGAGUCAUCACGUCAUUGGAUGUUCUCUUGACAAACCUCAUUAAAGGCAAUCUGCUCCCCUCUGCCCUGCUUUGGAUAACCUCUCGACCAGCAGCAGCCAGUCAAAUUCCUCCAGAGUGUAUUGACCUGGCCACAGAAGUACAAGGGUUCAAUGAUGCACAGAAGGAGGAGUACUUCAGGAACAGGAUAAGCAAUGAGGGUCUUGCACGCAGAAUCAUUUCCCACAUUAAAUCAUCAAGGAGCCUCUACAUCAUGUGCCACAUACCUGUGUUCACUUGGAUUGCUGCUACAGUUCUUGAGAUGAUUUAUUCAUCAGGAGACACACAGGUUCCGAAGACUUUGACGGAAAUGUAUACAUAUUUCCUUAUUUUCCAAACCAGACAGAGAAACAUGAAAUUUGACAAUGUGCAUGACAUUGACACACAUUGGAACCAUGAGCUGAUCCUCCAUCUUGGAAAACUGGCCUAUGAACAGUUAGAGAAGGGCAAUCUGAUCUUUUAUGACAAAGACCUCAGAGACUGUGGCAUUGACGUUCAAGAGGCAACAGUAUACUCUGGGAUGUGCACUCAGAUCUUUCGAGAAGAAUCAGGAAUCUUUCUGGGGACAGUGUUCUGCUUUGUGCAUCUCAGUAUCCAGGAGUAUCUUGCUGCUUUGUAUGCAUUUUUGAUGGUGGCUGUUGAAAGGACAGACAUUAUAUCCUCACCACAUUCACCUCCAGUGAUGAAAUCGAUAAUCACCUUGCAUAAGAGUGCUGUGGACAAAGCUUUGGCUUAUGAAGAUGGACGCUUUGACCUCUUCCUCCGCUUCCUUCUUGGCCUCUCUCUGGAAUCAAAUCAGACUCUCCUGCAUGGUCUAAUACCAACAAGACAAAUUAAGAUGGACAAUGAUGAAACAAUCAAAUACAUUAAGGAGAAGAUCAGGGAGGCCUCUUCCUCAGAAAGGAUGAUCAACCUCUUCCACUGCUUGAAUGAACUCAAUGAUCAGUCCUUAGUGCAGGAGAUACAGAGCUUCCUCAGUGCAGGUACACUUUCAGAAGUCCAGCUCUCACCUGGACAGUGGUCAGCUCUAGUGUUUGUGCUGCUGACAUCAGACCAGAAUAUGGAUGUGUUUGACCUGAAGAAGUUCAUCAGGUCUGAUGAAGCUCUCCUGAGGCUGCAGCCAGUAGUGGAGGAAUCCCAAACAACUCUGGUUGGCAGCUGUGGGCUCACUGAACAGAGCGGUGGAACACUAGCAUCUGUCCUCUGCAAAAAAACCUCAAAGCUGAGACACCUGGAACUCAGUGACAACUGCAUUGGAGAUGUUGGAUUACAACAACUGUGUGAUGGACUGAAGAGCCCAAACUGUGUAUUGGAGACACUGAGAUUGUCAGACUGUGGUGUAACAGGAAGAGGAUAUGCUGCUCUGGCCUCAGCUCUCAAAUCAAACCCUUCACACCUUGAGGAGCUGGACCUGAGAGGAAACGACCCUGGAGACUCUGGAGUGAAGUUACUCAUUGAUCUAUUACAGGACCCUCAAUGUAAACUAAAGAGACUGAGGUUUAACUCCUGCAGUAUAACAGAAGAGGGCUGUGCUGCCCUGUCUUUGGCUCUAUCAUCAAACCCCUCACACCUGACAGACCUGGAUUUGAGUGAAAAUGAACUAGGAGACUCAGGGGUGAUGCACAUCUCUGCUCUACUCAGGAAUCCAGAUUGUAAACUACAGAAACUGGGGCUUGACUCCUGCAGUGUAACAGAAGAGGGUUGUGCUGCCCUGACAUCAAACCACUCAUCACACCUGACAUAUCUGUUUCUGGGUAGUAAUAAACUAGGAGACUCUGGUGUGAAGCAUAUCUCUGCUCUACUCAGGAAUCCAGACUGUAAACUACAAAAACUGGCGUAA